UCACACAAUCAAGUAAUGCAAUUUUACAAUGCAUUGGCACCAAAAAUUCAGUCAUGUGAUAUAUCAUAUGGAAAAUUCAAAAUCUUAUUCAUAAACGUUUUCACUAUCCUAUAUAAAGCAACCACGCUCUGUCCGUUUAAACUGGGCAAUGACCUGAAGCUUGUCCAAAAUGUGCUUGGCAAGUCUUGCUGCAAUACAAUACUCGCACAAUUAUUUAUCUUAUUCGUAACAUUGGUAAUUUUUGCGAAAUUUCUCUUCAGUUAUUUGGGACUAGCAGCUAACAUUAUAGCUUUAUUUCCCAUUUUGGUCGAAGACGCUCCCGACCUAUUGCUACCGUCAAUUUUUAGUCAAAUAAUAGAGAACAUAUUAUUUUGCGUCCUAGAUAUUUUAAUUGGCGGCAUAACUGUUCGCUAUUUCAUACCAUGCAAAAGGCCGCUGUUAGUCAUAUUUGCGAUCAAAAAUAUAAUCAAGUUAACCGUUUGUAUAUCAGCGCUCAAUACCUACAUAGACCUAUACAAUAAUCUAAAGGAUCGCGUGGAUGACAAUGAAUCGAUAGCAUUACUACAACCGAUGGUUGAAAGUGAAUUAUUUUUGCGAAAAGAAAGUUUGGUUUGACAACAAAAAAAUAAAAAUAAAAAACGAAGGGUAAAUAAAUUUGUAUACAUAUGUACAUAUGUAUAUCACCUACCGGUGGCAUCUUAUUGACAUCAGUGAUCUGUAUGUUAAGCAGUCCACG